CAGGUGCGUGCUCGGCGGCCGUGGGAGCCCGCGAUCCUGCUCCUGCCGCCCGGGGCGGUGCGCGGGCCGCUCGGGUCCGGCGAGUUCGCGAGUGCCCUGCGGGGCUGAAGGCGGCUCGCGGGGGAGCCGCGCAUCUGAAGAAGGAUAAUGUCUCAGGAAGGCAAUUAUGGGAGGUGGACUAUAUCCAGUAGUGAUGAAAGUGAAGAAGAAAAGCCCAAACUGGACAAGCCAUCUUCCUCUUUUCUCCCCCAUGCUGGGCAGGGAGCAGCAAAUGAGCCACGCUACACCUGUUCCGAGGCUCGGAAAGCUGCCCACAGGAGGAAGCUAUCACCCGUGAAAUUCAGCAACACAGACUCGGCCUCAGAAGUUUUGCCUCCCAAAAGGCAGAAGAGUGGUUCCCAGGAAGACCUAGGUUGGUGUCUGUCCAGCAGCGAUGAUGAGCUGCAACAAGAAACACAGCAGAAGCAGGCGAAGAAAGUGGCAGUCAAAGAGGAGAAAGGCAUCUCUCCUCCCGGAGAUGCUGCUCCCCAAAGAACUGGAAAGCCUGGUCCUCCCACCAGCUUCAGGCUCAAAGAGGAGGAAGAUGAGUAUGAGACGUCAGGAGAAGGCCAAGACAUGUGGGACAUGUUGGAUAAAGGGAACCCCUUCCAAUUUUACCUCACUCGAGUCUCAGGAAUUAAGCCAAAGUAUAACUCCGGAGCCCUCCACAUCAAGGAUAUUUUAUCUCCUCUAUUCGGGACACUUGUUUCUUCAGCUCAGUUUAACUACUGCUUUGACGUCGACUGGCUUGUAAAACAGUAUCCACCGGAAUUCAGGAAGACACCGAUCCUGCUUGUGCAUGGUGAUAAACGGGAAGCUAAGGCCCACUUACAUGCCCAGGCAAAGCCUUAUGAAAACAUUUCCCUCUGCCAGGCGAAGUUGGAUAUUGCAUUUGGAACACACCACACGAAAAUGAUGCUACUGCUAUAUGAAGAAGGCCUCCGGGUUGUCAUACACACCUCCAACCUCCUCCACGCUGACUGGCACCAGAAAACACAAGGAAUAUGGUUGAGCCCCUUGUACUCACGAAUUGUCCAUGGAACCCACAGCUCUGGAGAAUCAACAACACAUUUUAAAGCUGAUCUCAUCAGCUACUUGAUGGCUUAUAACGCUCCUUCUCUCAAGGAGUGGAUAGAUGUCAUCCAGGAGCAUGAUCUCUCUGAAACAAAUGUUUACCUCAUUGGAUCAACCCCAGGACGCUUUCAAGGAAGUCAAAAAGACAACUGGGGACAUUUUAGGCUUAGGAAGCUUCUGAAAGAACAUGCCUCCUCCAUACCCAAAGCAGAGUCUUGGCCGAUAGUAGGUCAGUUUUCAAGCAUUGGCUCCAUGGGGGCUGACGAAUCAAAAUGGUUGUGUUCUGAGUUCAAAGAGAGCUUGGUGACAUUGGGAAAGGAAAGCAAGACCCCAGGGAAAAGUGUCAGUCCCUUUCAUUUGAUCUAUCCUUCUGUGGAAAACGUACGGACCAGCUUAGAAGGAUAUCCAGCUGGGGGCUCUCUGCCCUAUAGCAUCCAGACAGCAGAAAAACAGAAUUGGCUUCAUUCCUAUUUUCAUAAAUGGUCAGCUGAGACAUCUGGCCGCAGCAAUGCCAUGCCACAUAUUAAGACGUAUAUGAGGCCCUCUCCAGACUUCAGUCAAAUUGCUUGGUUCCUUGUCACAAGGCACCGAGACAAACAAAUUCGGGAAGGGCCUGUAUCAGAUGUGGAGAAGCUUCUAAUGACCUGGAUUGAAGACCAGACACCGAAGUGUAUCCCUCUCAGUGCCAUGACGAUCACGACCAAAGCAAAAAGUUUGUUUGCGAUGUCAAGAGAAAAGGCUGGACCUGACUACAAUAUUGAGUUUACUCCCAGCUCUGGGUGGUUUAAACAAUUCAAGAAUUGUUAUUUGUUACCUAAGGUGAAAGUGAGUGGUGAGUCUGCAAGUGCUGAUGUGAAAGCAGCUGAAGAAUUUUUGGAAACUCUAGAUAAGCUGAUUUUGGAGGAAAAUUACUUGCCAGAGCAAAUAUUCAACAUGAAUGAGACCUCCCUAUUCUGGAAACGGAUGCCUGAAAGACUUUCAGCCAUAGGAGGCCACAUCAAUGCCCGGUUUCAAGGCAUUUAAGGACAGACUAACAGUCUUGCUCGGGAACAAUGUUGCUGGCUACAAAUUGAAGCCCUUUGUGAUCUGGCACAGUGAGAACCCCAGGGCCUUCAAGCAUGUCAGUAAACGCACACUGCCAGUGUACUACAGGACC